AGCUCUGCUCAAACCUCAUUGCAGGACGCCUCGAGUCUAGCACUCCCGUUCCGUUCCGUCGCCUAGCACCCGUCUCGACUUAGCCAUGUACUCGGAGUACUCGGCGACCUGGAUGCCCGUGAUGAGCGAGGACAUGAUGAGCACCAAGUUCACAUAUGAGGACUACAUGACAGGAUGCCAGGAGGAGAGUGGAUGUACUACCUGGAUGAGAUUGACACGACGGAUGCGGGGUCACACGCUUCGGAGCCUGAAGAGAUCUUCUACGAGACUCCAACCACCUCUCCUAUGGGCGAAUGGAUGCACCAGAGCUUGCUGUCCUCCAUGCCGGCAGAUCAAGUCUACAUGCCGACGGAUCAGGUCUACUCUCCUGGUUUUACAGGACAGUUGGCCACCAACCCCUCGGGCUACGGUAUGGCUGUGCCUGCCACUGAGCCCAUGAAGGUUCAGCUCCCGCCAGAAGCGCGGAACUUCGACCUCCAGCUGAACCCCUGCAUUCCUGCCAAGAAGAUGCCGAAAUUUGAAGAGGAGUUUGGCGCUUCCCGUGGCCUGGACCCAAAGUUGCCGGCCAAGAAGCGCAUGCCGGAGACACUGGCGGAAGCGGGGGCGCGCAUCAUCGAGGAAGAAUGUGACCAAGUACCGGCAGCUCGCUGAUAUGGUGCUGAAGUGAGGAGCCCGCGAGGAAGAUUCAGGAUAUUUGUUUGGUGUGUUAUGAUGGCAUAGUCAGGCUCAUGAGCAGUGAUAGAAAUUCGCAGCAGUGCGGAUGCGUGUUUGAGAGAUGACCGCUAGGCUUGGCGGUGGCAUAGUUGAUGAAGCAUGUCCGUUUCGAAUGUCAAGUUGCCAAGAGGGUAUGCUUGAUGUUCAUGCGUUAUAUUGUCCAGCCCUGUGUGGAUGCAUUCGUGUACC